GUCUGGUAUCAUAGCAACCCACACAACCCAGAAAGUAAUCAAGCAACCGAAUAAAUUCGGCUGCUAUUUCUUUUUGCUGUGUCUGCUUCUGCAGUUAUUUAGCAGAGGUUGUAUGUUCGCGUCAGCUCGCAGAGGAAAAUGGACGACAUUUCACAACGUAUUUAUGUUGAAAGAACACUGGCGAUCAUCAAACCUGAUGCAGUUCAUAAAUCCGAGGAGAUCGAGAAAAUCAUCCUGAAGGCAGGUUUUUUGAUCCUUCAGAAGCGCAGGCUGCUGCUGAGUCCUGAGCAAUGCAGUGAGUUUUACGCACACCAGUACGGAAAGCUCUUCUUUCCCAGCCUGACGGCCUUCAUGAGCUCCGGCCCCAUUGUUGUCAUGACGCUGGCUCGUCAAAACGCCGUCGCUCACUGGAAAGCCAUGAUGGGCCCUGACAACUUCUCCAUAGCCAAAGAAUCGCAUCCAGACAGCCUUCGAGCAACAUACGGAACUUCUGACCUAAAGAACGCUCUUCAUGGCAGCGACACGUUCUUAACAGCAGUGAGGGAGAUUAGAUUUAUGUUUCCCAACACUGUAAUUGAGCCCUUUCAGUCUAAAGAAAAAACUGAAGAGUACUUGAGCAUGAAUGUAAUCCCCGUUCUCAUACGUGGACUCACUGAGCUCUGUAAGGAAAAGCCUCUCCACCCCUGCAUUUGGCUUGCUGAUUGGCUACUGAAUAAUGAUCCAAGCCAACCUCAAAUAAAUGAUGGAGACAUUCUGGAAGGUGAAAAGUGACAGCCAGGAAGCAUGAUUGCUAUUUUUCCUUUUGUUUGUUUUUGGCAAAUUUAUGUGUUCAGUAUCAUAUAUGUAAAUAUAAGGAUACUUGUAAAGAG